UUGGGCUAUUAACACCAGGGAAGCUGCCCAGGCAGAGCCGCCCUGAGGAGAAGUGUGUGGCCACCUCUGUCACACAACCUUCCUCCUGCUGCUGCAGCCACUGCUGCACGCUGGGGCCUCGCUGCUGGCACCAUGCAGCCCCCUCGCCGCUGCCUCCUCCUCCUCUCUCUCCUCUACUUCGUCCUCCUCUCUGGGACAUGGGCAGACCUGGAGGGAGCCUUCACUAUGCGGCUGCUCCGGAUCUCCACCUUCCAAAACAGCUCCUUUGUGGACACGGAAGCACUGGGCUUGCUCGAAGACAUCGAGCUGGGUUCUCUUGAUAAGGACACCUGGAAAAUCCGCUUCCACCAGCCCUGGGUGCACCCAACCCUUCCCAGUGGUGACUGGGACAUUUUUGAGAACAUGAUCAAGAUCUAUUUGCAACAAUUCAACUACCAGAUCAAUGAAGGUGCUGUGCAGAAUAAUGUACCCUACCCCUUUGUAGCCCAAGGCAUGGCGGGCUGCACACUCUACCCCAACAAGACCUCCCAGGCCUUCGCCCAUGUGGCCUACAACGGCCAAGAGUCCCUCAGCUUUUGUGUGGACAAUGCCACUUGGCUACUCUCCCAGGACACUGACCUGUCACGGUAUGCCGAGGCUGUUCUCAAGAACUAUACCACCUUCAGAGACGUGUUAGUUGUGCUCCUCAAUGAUACCUGCAUCGACUACGUGGAGAAGUUACUGCACUACGGGAAGGUAUCUUUGGACAGACAAGAGCUGCCCGUGGCCACCGUCUUCGCCCGCACACCCAGCCCAGCCCAGCUCCUGCUGGUUUGCCGCGUCACCGGCUUCUACCCGCGGUCCAUCAGCGUGGCCUGGCUGCGGGAUGGCCAGGAGGUGCCGCCAGGCCCAGACACCAACACCAGCGCCAUCCUGCCCAACGCUGACCUCACCUACCAGCUGCGCAGUGUCCUGGCCGUGGCCCCCCAUGACGGGCACAGCUACGCCUGCCGCGUGCGCCACCGCAGCCUGGGCACCCGCAGCCUCCUCAUCUCGUGGGGGUACUCGGAUGUGGUGCUGAUUGCAGGACUUGUGGCUGGGCUGCUGGCAGUUGUGGCCAUGGCUGCCGUCAUGAUGCUUUGGCUGUGGAGACGCAGGAAACACCAAAGGAAAAAAAAAAUAAAGUGUGUUUGUGUUGCUAGUUAG